AUGGACAACAACAACGGCAGAGGCGGAGGCGGGCGCGGUCGCGGCGGCAAGGGCCAGAAGCGUAGGAGGCGCGGCGGCGGCCGCGGCCGCGGUGGCAAGGGCGGCGGCGACGCGCCGCCGAAGCCGCCGCGCAAGCAGCAGAACACGGACGGCCGACCGAAGCCGCACGCCGCGCCGCCGGCGCCGCCGGCGCCGCACGCUUCCGCUAGAACUUCGAGCACGACGCGGGCCCACCUGACGGGCGUCGCGUUCGCCACCUUGCAAGGCGUCGUGUCGCCCAACACGUUACGAGCCAUUGAUGAAGUCCUGGGCUACCCGACGAUGACCCAGGUCCAGCAACAAGCCCUACCGGUCUGCGCGCGCGGCGGAGACGUCGUCGCCAAGGCGAAGACGGGCACGGGCAAGACGCUCGCGUUCAUGGUGCCCUCUGUGGAUAGGGCGGCCGCGUCCAAGCCUCACCGUAGAGGGUUAUCCGCUCUGGUGUUGUCUCCCACGCGGGAACUCGCCGCCCAGACCGUCGAGGAGGGGAAAUUGCUCGCGACGUUCCACGGUCUAAGAGUAGCGUGCGUGUUCGGCGGCACGAAGAUCCAGAAGGACUAUAAUGAACUUGGGUUGCGAGGCGGGAGAGCCCCCGACAUUCUCGUGGCGACGCCGGGGCGGCUGAACGACCACCUCGAGAACACGCAGGGCGUCGCGCCGGGCAUCUGCGAUAGCCUCGAAACGCUCGUUUUCGACGAGGCGGACCAGUUGCUGGACAUGGGCUUCCGCCCGGCCAUCGAAAAGAUCCUGCGGGCUAUUGAAUCCACCAAACUGACGCGCCAAACUUUGUUAUUUAGCGCGACGAUGCCUGACGACGUCGCGUCGAUCGCUAGAUUAGCGAUGAAGUCGCCGCAGUACCACUUCGUGGACACGGUCGGCGAAGAACAACAAACCCACGUCAAUGUCCCUCAAAGAGCGACGAUCUGCGAGACGCAGAAGGGCUGCGCCGCGGAACUCAUCGCGGUCUUGAACGAUGCUUGUAGUGACCCGGAGCACAAGGUCAUCGCCUUCUUCACGACGGCUCGGUUAACCCAAUUCUACGCCGAAUUGUGUUUGGAACUGGCGAAGGACCCGACGUGUGCUUUCUUGAGACACACGAAGAUUUUGGAGAUCCACUCGCGGAAGUCCCAAAGUCACCGCACGAAGGUCUCGGAUAUUUUCAGAAAUAGCGUCGGAGGGGCCUGCCUACUCACGAGCGACGUGACGGCGCGGGGCAUGGACUACCCCGACGUCACGCGCGUCAUCCAGGUGGGCCUGCCGUCCGACGCGGCGCAGUACGUCCAUCGCCUGGGACGGACGGCGAGAGCGGGCAAGCAGGGGUCCGGCGAUCUCAUAUUAUGCCGGACCGAGGCCUUCUUUUUAAAUGAUGCGAAAAUCCGGGCGUUGCCGCUCCAGCAGCUCGUCCAGGGCUCUCCAACAGUGCAGCUCGAGACCGCUUUAUAUGAAGCGGCGCGGCGCCUGCCGCCCGAGACGACGGGCGCCUCCUACCAGGCCUGGCUCGGCUUCUACAAUUCUUUUUUGAGGCGGUUGCGGUGGGACAAGGAGCGCCUCGUCGAAGAGGCCAACGUCUUCGCGGAGGAGGUCCUGGCCCUGCCGGGGCCGCCUCCUUUGCAAGCCAAGACCGUCGGCAAGAUGGGCCUCAAGGGCGUGCGCGGCCUGAACGUCCUCAAGGGCCCGCCCGGCAACCCCCCGGGCUCGGGCCGCGGGCGCGGCGGCGGCGGCGGCAAGGGCCGGCGCUGGUAGGUCGUUUCGUCCUCGUUCGUCUACAUAAGAUACUUCGUUUCCGUACUUUGAUCACCUGAAAUGUAGUUUCUUAGUAAUCCCCAACGUGGAACGCGAACUCGACGAUCAUACCAAGGAGCGUGAAGCGGCUGGUUGAAAGAGGUUGCGCUUUAAAACAUACCUUCCAUCCUAGCUCCGCCGUUCAGAUAAUCUCGUCUGGCGAGUACUUUAGGUCGCCGCGACGCCCCACAAUCAAAACAGGUUUCAUUCACAAAUCCGACCUCAUAGCGCUCCAAUCAGGCUUCACCGUUUUUACAGUGCGUCAGUCAGCCUUCGCCUCCGCGCUCGUCGGGCGUGCGUCGACGCGACGUCUCGAUUCAAGGUGGAGCUCUGAGCUCGACCUGGCUUUUGAGUCUACGCGCGCGCCCGCGUCGUCGCCGAGAGGUUGCUCGAUUUGCACGCAGGCGGAACACAUAACUCACCCAUGUCCCGGUCUCCGAGUCGCUCCCGCUCUCGCGACCGCGGGUGCCACAUCCCGUACCACGAGCCGCCGAAGGGCGGCAAGGCGUGGAAGUUCGUCGCCGACCCCGCCCUCAAGAAGAACGUCAGCCCGCAAGCGAGCGCGACGCUCACGGCCCUCAAGAAGACGUACAAAUCGCUCCAGGGCGCCGUCGACGCCGGCUGGCGCUUCGUCGACGGCGACGGCGUCGACGUCAAGCCGGGCAAGAUGUCGGGGCCCCACUCUGCGUGGAAAUCAACCAGUGAGUUACGCUAUUCCACGCCAUCGAGCAGACACGGUCGCGGGGAAAACGUAGGAAUCGCCACGCCAUCGAGCAGACGCAGCUACGGAGACAACAUCGCGUCGAUGGCGUGGGGCGCGCAAAAUUUGAUUUCCACACAGGCCUCACUUCUUCAUCGAGCCGGGGGGCUCGGUCGCCAUGUCGUCGACCACGGCGCUGCACGCGGUCAACGAGUAA